CUUAUUCGUUUCAACAUGCUGGUGAAAAAAUGUUGACGUGGUCUUACAUUGUGAGUCUGACAGUUAAGACAUCCUUUGCCAGAGAUUCAGCUGAACGUUCGGCUGUACUGAGAGUGGACGGCCCUUAAGUUGAGAGUUGUGGAUCAAAAAGUGUCAUCCGUAGACCGCGUGCACUGCUAGCACCACGUUUCUUGCUUUCCUCAUGUUGUCAUUGUCAGACUGGAUCACCACUCUUUCAUUGGUGUUCGGAGGCUGCUGCAGUAAUGCUAUCACCCUAGAGCACAUCACAUCUCGAUACCCGAACGCAGGCGUCCUGAUCACCUUUUUCCAGUUCCUCAUUGUUUCAUUAUAUGGACUACCCAAACAAUUCACAUUCAACGACCCCCCAGAAUCUAAACAUGCAGCAAAUGGACCAAAUGGCACUGUGUCUGCUCCUACAACACCGCGCAGGAGAUGGAUUCCUCGGCUGAAGAACCGGCAGGUGCCUCUGCUACCUUAUUUCAUUCAGGUUGCAUUGUUCUUCGUACUGUCGACUCUGAACAAUGCUGCUUUUGCAUACCACAUUCCUAUGACCGUGCACAUCGUGUUUCGCAGCGGUGGCAUGAUCAUAAACAUGAUUCUGGGAUGGAUGUUCACGAAGAAGCGAUAUACUGUGCGACAAGUAGCUUCUGUCCUCGUCGUCACAGUUGGCAUCAUAAUAACUACGCUCUCUGCCUCAAAACCCAAAUCCCGUGUUGCGAAAGUAGACACCACUGAUGCCUCACUCUACGCAAUGGGCAUCUCCAUCCUUGGCCUUGCCCUCGUCCUCUCAGGUUUCCUGGGACUCAUCCAGGACUGGGUCUUCGCACGAUACGUCGCACCCGCUCAAGCUGAAGCUGCUUCCGACCCCGCAGAACAAUCUUCAUGGCAAGAACAUAUGUUCUACCUCCACUCUCUCGCUCUCCCGAUGUUCUACUUCUCCAAAGAUAACAUAUCCACGGAGCUCACGCGCAUGAGUUCUAGUCCGCCUGUUUUCCUUUCCCUACCGCAGUCAGGGCCUCUUGCACCGUACGAGGCAGGCCUCAUAGUGCCAUCGAUAUUUGUCUACCUCCUUUUGAACACGUGCACACAGCUCGUGUGUGUCAUAGGAGUCAACAGGCUCACUGGGCGUGUAUCUUCACUGACCGUGACCCUCAUUCUUACUGUGCGCAAGGCCAUCUCGUUAUUGCUGAGCGUCGCAUUCUAUGGAGGACAGGGAAACACGGAGAUGUGGGCCGGUGCAGGAUUGGUAUUUAUUGGAACUAUCGGGUAUUCGACUGGAAACAAGUCGAAAGACCAAAAGGAGAAGAAAGAUUAGCGGGGGCGUCGUAUCACUAGAUGAGCUUUAACGAGGAUCUUUAUAUAUAUAGGCUAUACAAAUACUCAAGUUUACCUAUACCAUGUAUUCAUUCGAUUGUUCUUCGUUAGAUAGUGUUGUCUAACUCGGCAUAUCUGAAUGGUCGGUUAUGUAAGAUUCAGACCAGUACAGUCAUGAAGCUUUGAAGGAUGAUCUACUCAGAGUAUGCCGGCGAGAACCGAC